AUGAAUUCAGGAUCCGAUUUUGACGUCGAAGCACACGAUUACGACGGCCUAUUGAAGGGCUCAAACUCGCUCGGGAGUAUCACCAACGGGGCCACACCCUCCGUCAUCCUCCAACAGCAGCAGCAAGCAGGAUCAGCCGCCACAGGAGCACAGCAGCCCGCGCCUUCUUCCCCCUCCACCGCCGCAGCCCACGCCGCACAACACCAACAUCAAUAUCAACAGCCACAGCCACAGUAUCGUCAACAGCAGCAACAGCAACAACAGGCAAUGAACGACUCGGCGAUGGGAAUGCCAUCAGCAACGUCUCCUCCGAUGAUGGGGGCACUUCCGAGGGGACCGACGUUUAUGGGCCCCUCGGGCGUGUCCGAGGUCAAGUUAAAGCGGUUCUUGGAACACAAUCAGCGGCUACGGGAACACCUUGAGAUGCGCCGGAUCCCUGUCUCCGAGGCCACCUGA